GAGACACAAACACAGACACUGUCAGAGCGACUUUACCAGCAGUAACAGUCAUGAGUUCAGCUUUGUAUCUGAUCCUGCUUUUCUCAGCUCUGUGGACUCUCUCCUUCUGUGGGACUCGUCAGUUUCAUGUGGUGGUAGAUAGUAAGACCUGGGAUGAAGCUCAGAAAUACUGCAGAGAGAAUUUCACUGCCUUGGCAACCAUUGAGAGUCAAGAGGAAAUGGACGCUCUGAUAGCUGUUCUCAACAAGAAAACAGGCUAUUUCUGGAUCGGACUGAAGCAGAAACGAAAUGUGGACAACACUUGUUUCCAAGGAGCUGCUGCAGGGCUGCCGACAGAUGGGGUCAAUAGGUGCUGGAUCUGGUCAGAUGGGAGUAACUUCUCAUACAGCAACUGGAACAGUAAUGAGCCAAACAACCCUGGCACUGAUAACUGUGGAGAAUUAUGGAGUGAAGCAGGAUACAGGUGGAAUGAUGCAGGCCGCAGUAACAAAAAUCCAUUUGUCUGCUAUAAAAAGCUUCCACUCGUCCUGAUUAAUCAGACCAAGACGUGGAGAGAAGCUCUGAGCUACUGCAGAGAGAAUCAUGUGGAUCUGGUCUCUGUUCACACUGAGGAAAUUCAGAACUGGGUG